GUUAGCGCGCGAACUGUAUUACCUAAGGAUCUCUGGAUCUUGUCUGCUCCACUGCAGCUUUUAGAGCUUUACAACUGAUUACAACUGAAGACUGGGCAUUUGCGUCGCCUUCUAUCGCAUUUUCCACAAACCAGCUUUUAACACUGGCGCAUUCUUUUGUGUAGCAAUAUUCAAAUGCUAUAAAUUUCCCUCUGUGCAAGAGUUCUUUGGAUCCCCCGAUACCCAGCUCUUCUAUUAUAACUACAAUUCACCGAGGGGUUGGUCUUUCUGCCUUGCUCGUUAUGGUUUUCUACCUACUGACAUCUUAGAAGAAAAUCUGGGAAUUGACUUUAGCCCAACAUGUCUGACACGAAUCACGACGAGCGAGACGUUACUGGUGAGGACCCUAUGGUCAAUGAAGAGGGUAACGAUGAAGAGGAAAUCUCUGCCAUGAAGAAACGCGUUGCCGAGAUGGAGCAAGAAGCUGCCAAGCUAAGAGAGAUGCAUGCUGCCUUAGAGGAACGAGGACAGGAAGUUUCCGAAGACCGAUCCGACGUAGAUAGUCGAAGUAUCUUUGUCGGAAAUGUCGAUUACUCUGUCUCCCCUGAGGAAAUCCAAGCCCAUUUCCAGAGCUGCGGCUCUAUCAACCGCGUCACGAUCUUACUCGACAAAUUUACGGGUCAGCCGAAGGGAUAUGCCUACGUCGAGUUUACUGAACCUAGCCUCGUAGCUCAGGCCCUGGUAUUGAACGACAGCGUCCUCAAGGGACGUAACAUCAAGGUCACCCCGAAGCGGACCAACAUUCCGGGUCUGAGCCGUGGUCGUGGAGGCCGCGGCCGUGGAGGAUUUGGUGGCGCGGCACGAGGUGGGUAUUUCGGAGGAAGAGGAGGUUACAUGCCGCGAGGAGGGUUCUACCGUGGCGGCUACCGGGGACGAGCACGUGGUGGUGGUUUCAACCCUUACUGAGAAGUAACCCGACAUGUCCUCUUUUCUGAGACCCGCCGGUCAAUGGCCCUUGUUGGAGUUCGAGGAUCGUACUAGUGGGUAAAUAUGAUUGAUAGUCCGAGGAACCAAGGCAUAUAACCUUGGUUUCUUUUGAAGAACAGGAAACAUUAUUCGACAGGGUAUGUGGGACGCAUACAGGGCUUUAUUACAUUACCGACUUUGAAGAGAUGGCAUAACUGUCCCUUUCUUCUCUAUCCGUACCUACCUAUCCAAGACCGGGAGGGGCGUUGCCAGGCGAGAUAUACAACUGUAACCAGACGGCUGACAUAUGAGUGUUUUACCGUCUCGAUCUUCGUUGUGUACUCGUCAGGCAUUGGUAGUUGCAAAUCAAGGACGCCAAGACAAAAGUAAUGUUGACGGCGUCUGGCCUGGAGUGAUUGGUGGCUGGCUCAUGGGCUCACAUUUAACUGCGCAUUUUGCCUACGAUCUUGUUUGAUUCUUUGGCAAUGCGAGAAACAUAAUCUGGGGGUUGUUUAUGAUAUGUAUACGACUUGUUUCAGGUGGACGAUCGCAAAUAGGGUGACUGGGUCGGAUGGGGUUUGCAUUGUUCUUAUGGGCCUAUUUGCUAGUUUAUGACAGAUAAAUCGAUGGCUACCAGUCGUCGUCGUCAUCGCCAUCAUCAUCAUAAAAGUGAG